AUGAAAGCUCUUAUUCUCGUCGGAGGGUUUGGGACCCGUCUGCGUCCCCUGACUCUCACUCUCCCCAAGCCACUCGUGGAGUUCGGGAACCGGCCCAUGAUCCUGCACCAGGUCGAGAGCCUGGCUGCUGCGGGUGUCACCGACAUCGUGCUGGCGGUCAACUACCGCCCAGAUGUCAUGGUCGCGGCCCUCAAGAAGUACGAGGAGCAGUACAAUGUGCGCAUUGAAUUCUCAGUCGAGUCGGAACCGCUGGGCACGGCUGGCCCGCUCAAGCUGGCGGAGAAGAUCCUCGGCAAGGACGACUCGCCUUUCUUCGUGCUGAACUCCGACAUCAUCUGCAACUAUCCGUUCAAGGAGCUCGCAGAAUUCCACCGCAGCCACGGCGAAGAGGGCACCAUCGUCGUCACCAAGGUGGACGAGCCCUCCAAGUACGGUGUCGUCGUGCACAAGCCCAACCACGCCUCGCGCAUCGAUCGCUUCGUCGAGAAACCCGUCGAGUUCGUUGGCAACCGCAUCAACGCCGGUAUCUACAUCCUGAACCCCAGUGUCCUGAAGCGCAUUGAGCUGCGCCCCACCUCGAUCGAGCAGGAGACCUUCCCCUCCAUCUGCAAGGACGGCCAGCUGCACUCCUUUGACCUGGACGGCUUCUGGAUGGAUGUCGGCCAACCCAAAGAUUUCCUGACGGGCACCUGCCUGUACCUUACUUCGCUGGCUAAGCGCAAUCCCAAGAAGCUGGCCGCUACCUCCGAACCGUUUGUGCACGGCGGGAACGUCAUGGUCGACCCGUCGGCCAAGAUUGGCAAGAACUGCCGCAUUGGUCCCAACGUCGUCAUCGGGCCCAACGUGGUGAUUGGCGAUGGCGUUCGUCUGCAGCGGUGCGUCGUCAUGGAGAACAGCAAGGUCAAGGACCACGCCUGGAUUAAAUCCACCAUCGUCGGGUGGAACAGCUCAGUCGGCCGCUGGGCGCGACUGGAGAAUGUCACCGUUCUAGGCGACGACGUGACCAUCGCCGACGAGGUGUACGUCAAUGGCGGCUCGAUUCUGCCUCAUAAGAGCAUCAAGCAGAACAUUGAUGUUCCGGCGAUUAUCAUGUAA